AUGCCUUCGAUGUCAACAAUACCUACAACAGACUCAUCUAUAAAUAAAAAUGAUUUCAAAAAUAAUAAUAAACCAACUUCAUUAUCACAACUACCUACAAUUCAAACAUCCACUAUUUCAAAUCCAAACAUAACUUCGAAUACACCAACUUCACUAUCUAAUAGUUAUCCAAAUCAUUCUCAUCCAAAUUCUCAUUUAUAUAAUAAUCAUCAAUUUCUAUCGCCUAAAUCUUCAAGACCUUCAACUUCAUCUUCACCAUCAAAUUCAUCAAAUUCUGGAUCAAUUUCUGGGAAUCUCAAUCUUGCAUUAAAUUCACCAUCACCAACUACUCCUACAUUUGCAACAAGUUUUCCACCAACUAUUCAAGAACAGUCUAUAAUUAAUUUUAAUUCAGCAGAUUUUGAUUUCAUAUUUGAUGUAAGACCUUAUAAUUUAUAUUGCAAAAGUAGAAUUCAAAAAUCUAUAAAUUUAUGUUUACCAACUACUUUAUUAAAGCGAAAUUCGCUUUGUUUAAAUGAUUUAAUUAAUAUGGUUGAUUUAUCAACUGAAUUAAAAGAUGUAUUUUUUAAUCAAUUAAAAUCUGACGCCAACAAAAAAUUAAAUAUAUUGGUGUAUGAUCAAUGUUCAACAAAUGAAGCAAUCACAUUUCCAUUGUAUCAAACAAUAUCGAAAUUUGAAAAGAAUAACGAUAAAUUUGAAAUUUACUACUUAAAUGGUGGAUUUUCAGGUGCAUUAACUCAAAAACCAGAUAUAAUUGAGAAUACUCAAGUAAUGUCAAAUUCUAACGGUCAUAGAAAAACUAAAAGUUUAUCAGGUUUCACAUUACCCUCAGCAACGAACUUCAAGACUAAAUUUGUACAAAGCAUCAAAAAGAAUAAUGACUACGAUUCCGAAAAGAAGAAACUAGACGAAAUAAAAUCUUUGUCUCCAAUCUCAUAUAAGUAUAAAUUAAAUGAAAUUCCAAAAGAUUUGGACUUACCAAAUUGGUUGGGGUUCAUGAAAAAUUCAACUAAUGAAGAUAUUUUAAAACAAUUAAUUUCAAAAUUCAAUAAAAUCGAAGAUAUUGAAAAAAGUAGAUUAAAUAAAAUGGCAUCAAAUUUUAAAUCAUCAUCACAACCAAAUAUUCAAGGUCAAGAAAAAAUAUUCUCACCAUGUUGUUUAUCAUGUUCUUCAAUUGAUUUCCAAUUACCAAAAGGUAUAGAAUUUGGUUAUAAAAAUAGAUAUAAUAAUGUUUGGCCAUAUGAACAUUCAAGAGUUAAAUUAGAUCAACAACAAUCACAUGUACAUAACCAUCAACAUAAAAAAGAUGAUUAUUUCAAUGGUAAUUAUAUUAAUGCUAAUUCUUUGGUAGACAAUGAUUUCACUUAUAUAGCAACGCAAAAUCCAUUAGCCUCAACUAUAGAUGAUUUCUGGACAACAAUAAUGCAAGAAGAUAUCAAAAUUGUUAUUAAUUUAGAUUCAAAACCUAUUGAAUAUUUCAAUCAUUCAUCUAUUAAAUCAAUUGAAACUAUAAAGACAUCAUUUACAGAUUUCAAAUUAAGAUUAAUCAAUAAAUCCAUAUAUCAUUUCCAUUAUUUAACUUGGCCAGAUUUUGGAGUUCCAAAAUCUUUCAAAUCCAUUAUUGAUUUGAUUGAAUUUAAAAACGAAAUCACUAAUAUCAAAAACUUACCACAUAAAAUAUUAGUUCAUUGUAAUGCUGGAUGUGGUAGAACUGGAGUAUUUAUCACAAUUGAUUCCUUAAUUCAAGCUUACAAAAACUCACCAAGUUCCAUAAAGGAUUCGAAAAUUGAUUUAGUUUACAAAUUAGUCCAACAUCAAAGAAGACAAAGAAUUUCAAUGGUUCAAAAUUUAGAUCAAUUUAUAGUUUGUUAUGAAAUAUUUAUUCAUUACUACAAGACAAAGGAAGAAGAAUCAAAAGAACAACAGAAACAAGAUAUUACAAUGAAAACUGAUGAUUCAACUAAUUCCAAAACAUCUGGAUCUUCAUUACCAGGUGAUUCAAAUCAAGAAAUGAAAUUAGCAAACAUUUGGGAAAUCAUAAAUAAUGUAGAACAAUUUUCAAGACAUUUAACACCAAACAAUCAAAAUAAAGAGAUUACUGGAUUUUUCGAUAAUCCAGGUGAUGUAUCAACCAUUGAUCAUAAUAAUUCUGCAGGUGUUUCUAAUGGGUACGACUCCAAUGGUUUUAAUUUGAAUCUUAAUGGUAAUAGUGUUAAUGGAGGUAUAUUAAAUAAUGAUUCUAAAAAUGAAUGUCCUAACACUAGUGGUAAUGGUGGUGGUGACUAUUUUCAAUUUCAAAAUUCAAUGCCUGUUACUUCAAGAUAA